CCUCUGGGGGCGUUUCUGGGGCUCGUGCGCUCCUGCGGGGCAGACAGCAGCGCGCGCGGCGGGGUCUGCAGAGACCUGUCUCUUUAAGUCGGUGUCUAAGCCGCUUACCGCUGAUCUCCGCCGUGAUUCCGCUUCACAGUCUGUUCCCGGGAUCUAUUCUGGGGUUCCUUUCUUUCUUUUGGAGCGUCCCGGUAACUCCGUCGCCAAAGUUCCCGAAGCAUGGACGCGUCGUUUUCAUCCUGCGGCUCUGCGUGGUGAAGACAGCCCGCAUUAAGGCGUCCAAUCUGGCGGCUGUGAAGCGCGCUGCGCCGCGGACACUCCAACUUUUUCUACCAUGGUAAGCCUGGAUUACCUCCCCCAGCACACGGACGCAUUCGCCGCUUUCUCUCCGCUGCGUUUCCGCUGAAAAACACCAGCCAGCCGGGGAUGUGAUGUGAGGUGAUGACCCGGGUUGUUGUUAUUGGCACCGAAAUAAAAAAAAACCGGGUUAACAUAAAAUGCAGAAAGGCGUGCGGUACAAUGAGGGCCACGCACUGUAUCUGUCGGUGGUUGCGCGUAAAGAGGGCACCAAACGCGGCUUCCUGAGCAAGAAGACCACGGAGAACAGCCGCUGGACCGAGAAGUAUUUCGCCCUGUACCAGAACGUGCUCUUCUACUACGAGAACGACCAGAGCACGAGGCCCUCCGGGAUAUACCUGCUGGAAGGAUGCACGUGCGAGCGUGCACCGGCGCCCAAAGUGUCAUCAGCCAUCAGCAAGGAGCCCGCGGAGAAACAGCAGCACUACUUCCUCGUCGUUUUCGGUCACGACGGACAGAAACCUUUGGAGCUUCGGACAGAGGAAGAGUCGGACUGCAACGAGUGGGUGGAGUUCAUCCAACAGGCCAGUUACUCUGACAUCAUCAUCGAGCGUGAGAUCCUGAUGCAGAAGUACAUCCACCUCGUCCAGAUCAUGGAGACCGAGAAGGUUGCAGCCAAUCAGCUCCGCACUCAGCUGGAGGACCAGGACACUGAGAUCGAGAGGCUCAAAGCUGAGAUUGUAGUGAUGAACAAAACCAAGGAGAGGAUGGAGCCUUACCAGAGCAGCCAAGACGAGGAAGACCCCGAUAUUAAAAAGAUCAAAAAGGUGCAAAGUUUCAUGCGUGGCUGGCUUUGCCGGAGGAAGUGGAAGAUCAUCGUCCAGGACUACAUCUGUUCCCCUCAUGCCGAGAGCAUGAGAAAAAGAAACCAGAUUGUCUUCAACAUGGUGGAAGCGGAGACUGAAUACGUCCACCAGCUCUCCAUCCUGGUGAACUGUUUCCUCAGGCCGCUCCGGAUGGCCGCCAGCUCCAAGAAACCUCCCAUCAGCCACGAUGACGUCAGCAGCAUCUUCCUCAACAGUGAGACCAUCAUGUUUCUGCACGAGAUCUUCCAUCAAGGUCUUAAAGCUCGGAUCGCCAACUGGCCCACGCUGGUUCUGGCGGAUCUGUUUGACAUCCUGCUGCCCAUGCUGAACAUUUACCAGGAGUUUGUGCGUAACCAUCAGUACAGUCUGCAGGUUCUGGCAAACUGUAAGCAGAACCGAGACUUUGACAAGCUGCUCAAACAGUACGAGUCCAACGCCGCAUGUGAGGGCCGGAUGCUGGAGACGUUCCUCACUUAUCCCAUGUUCCAGAUUCCACGGUACAUCAUCACCCUUCACGAGCUGCUGGCGCACACGCCUCACGAACAUGUCGAACGGAAGAGUCUGGAGUUUGCCAAAUCCAAACUGGAGGAGCUGUCGAAGAUGAUGCACGAUGAAGUGAGCGACACCGAGAACAUCAGGAAGAACCUGGCCAUCGAGAGGAUGAUCGUCGAGGGCUGUGACAUCCUGCUAGACACGAGUCAGACCUUCGUCAGACAAGGCUCGCUCAUCCAGCUGCCGUCCAGCAGCGAGCGCGGCAUGCUCAGUAAAGUCCGCCUGGGCUCGCUCUCGCUGAGGAAGGAAGGAGAGCGCCAGUGUUUUCUGUUCACCAAACACUUCGUCAUCUGUACCCGAACAUCUGGAGGAAAGCUUCACCUGCUCAAGCAAGGAGGAACGCUGUCUCUGAUCGAGUGUACUCUGAUCGAAGAACUGGACGCCAACGACGAGGACUACAACGCGGCAGGUCAAGGCUUCAACCAUCUGGAGUUCAAAGUCGUGGUGGAAUCUCCUGAUGGUCAGCCCUUCUCCGUGGUCCUCUUGGCUCCAUCUCGCCAAGAAAAGGCGGCGUGGACCAGCGAUAUCAGCCAGUGCAUCGAUAACAUCCGAUGUAACGGCCUGAUGACCAGCGUGUUUGAGGAGAACUCCAAAGUUUCAGUGCCGCACAUGAUCAAGUCCGAUGCCCGGCUGCACAAAGACGACGUCGACAUUUGCUUCAGCAAGACGCUCAACUCCUGCAAAGUCCCUCAGAUCCGAUACGCCAGCGUGGAGCGCCUGCUGGAGCGCCUGACGGACCUUCGCUUCCUCUCCAUCGAUUUCCUCAACACCUUCCUUCACACGUACAGGAUCUUCACCACCGCCGCCGUGGUCAUCGACAAGCUGGCCGACAUCUACAAGAAGCCGUUUACCUCCAUACCUGUCAGGAUCGAGCAGCUUUCAUGUGACCGUCUGUCCAUCAUGUCCCUCUGUCCUGACUACAGUCUGAAGAUCACCCAGCUCGCCCUGGACCAGUCCAAGUCUCUGGAGCUCUUCUUUGCCACCAACCAGGGCUCGUGGGGAACUGACCCCUUGAACAACAAGUCCCCGAGGUCGGGCCGCAAAUUUUCUUCACCUCCUCCUCUCUCCAUCCCGCCUCGCACCUCCUCCCCCGUCCACUCCCGCAAGCUCUCCCUCAGCUCUCCGGUCGGCGGUAAAGCUGGAGCUCUUGACCUCUCCACCACACCUUCCUCCUCUGCAGCCAACUCCCCCACCUCCAGCCACUUCCCCUCCAUCCCCUCUCCACCUCCCAGCUCGACCAGACCUCCCUCUGGCUUCUCCUCCCCUCCGCCCACCGCCAAGCGCUCUCCCAGCCUCCCCCAGGCCUCUGGGGUUUCCUCGCCGCCCCCCAUCUGCACCAAAGCCCCGUUGGACCUCAGCCGCGGUCCCAGCUCUCCAGAUCUGAGCCCAGCUGCAGCUGAGGACGUCAGCGGAGAGCUGCCUCGCCUCGACGCCUUCUGUGGGAAGCUGAGGCGAAGCAUCCGCAGGGCUGUCCUGGAGUCAGUUUCUAUGGACAAGUUUAUUCCUGAAUCACCGUCGAGCAGCGAGCCGGGCGACAUGUCUCCCUGCCGUUCACCUUCAACGCCGAGACAUCUCCGCUACAGACAGACAGGAGUCACCUCAGGGGAGAACUCUCGCUGCACAAUGUCGCCGGCUUCAGCGUUCGCCAUCGCCACCGCUGCUGCAGGACACAGCAGCUCCCAGGGUUUUAGUAACUCUGAGAAAGCCUGCGACAAAGAAUUCAUCAUCCGCAGAGCUGCCACCAACCGAGUGCUGAACGUGCUGCGACACUGGGUGUCCAAACACUCCCAGGACUUUGACCUGAACGGGGAGCUGAAGAUGGGGGUGAUCGGUCUGCUGGAAGAGGUGCUACGAGAUCCAGACCUGCUGCCCCAGGAGAGGAAAGCAACAACAAACAUAUUAAGUGCCCUUUCUCAGGAAGAACAAGACGACGCUCAGCUGAAGAUCGAGGACAUUUUACAGAUGGCGGAGAGUCCGAAAGCCGAGUGUUUCGAGUCUCUGUCGGCGAUGGAGCUGGCAGAGCAGAUCACGCUGCUGGAUCACAUCGUGUUCAGGAGUAUUCCCUACGAGGAGUUCCUCGGUCAGGGCUGGAUGAAGGUCGACAAGACGGAGAGGACGCCGUACAUCAUGAAGACGAGCCAGCAUUUCAACGACAUGAGUAACCUGGUGGCGUCUCAGAUCAUGACCCAUACUGACGUGGGCUCCAGGGCCAGCUCCAUAGAAAAGUGGCUUGCGGUGGCCGAUAUCUGUCGCUGCCUCAACAACUACAACGGAGUCCUGGAGAUCACGUCUGCUCUGAACCGCAGCGCCAUCUACAGGCUGAAGAAGACCUGGACUAAAGUCUGCAAACAGACGAAGGCGCUCAUGGACAGGCUGCAGAAGACGGUGUCAUCAGAGGGGAGGUUCAAGAAUCUCAGAGAGACGCUGAAAAACUGUAACCCUCCAUGUGUCCCGUACCUGGGCAUGUACCUCACCGACCUGGCGUUCAUUGAGGAGGGAACACCCAACUUCACGGAGGAGGGCCUGGUUAACUUCUCCAAGAUGAGGAUGAUUUCUCAUAUUAUCCGGGAGAUCCGUCAGUUCCAGCAAGCACCUUACAGGAUAGAGCACCAACCCAAGGUGACUCAGUUCCUCCUGGAUAAGACUCUAGUGAUGGAUGAAGAUACUCUCUAUGAGCUUUCGCUGAAGAUCGAACCCAGAGUACCACCUGGUUAAUUAUAGCUAACACACAAACACAUUCACGCAGACAUGAUGUACAUACUCACCGUCUUACAAUAUCGAUCACAACUUGAGAUUCUUUCUUAAUAAAGCAGGGGUUGUUUCAUAAACCACCACCAGUUAUUGUGCUUAGGAAACUCAGGAGAAAAUGUGCCUUGAAUGAAUCUCUGAUGUGUAAAUUUAGUAAACUGUAUAACAAACACAACUCUGCCAUACGAUCGUACAGUUAUGACUGUAGAAACAACCAUGUUAGCUACUAAACAUGUUGCUGCUAUCACACCGUACCAAACAAUCUGCCUCUGUAGUCUUAAACACCGUCAGAUGAGUUUUACAUUAUUUGUAUGAUCAUGGCCUGGAGGCAAAAUGAGCCCCAGGUUUGCUGUGUGGUAGUUUCUAAAUUCAUUUAUGGAUAUGGAUCAUAAUAAUUUCAAUAAAAGUCCUUUAGCUUCCAGGUUUUUGGGCCCAUAAAGCAUGGACAUUAAAUUUCUUUAGUGUUUUUUUGGUCACUUGUCACAGAACAAGCUGUAAACACAACUUAUCAUCUUUAUAAAGUUUAUACGGCUAAAGUGCUAGCAAAAAGUUGCCUAUUUACACAUCUAGUAAACAUUUGGAGUUGUGUUUGUGUCCAUUGGUCCUCCGUACGGUACAUGCUGAGCACCAGUUGGUAGACGAACAAAAAUCGGAGAUUGGUUGGUGAAACAUUGUGGAGCAUUUAGCGGCUAAAGAAGCAGAUAUUUCUCGCUGGAGAUGGUGGAGACCAAAAAUGGAGCUAAAAGAGUGAAUACUGGACCCAGAUUGGUUGGUUCCUUUUGUAUAUGUUGGAUGUUUAAAUCAGCAACCCUGCACAGCAAAAAAAAGCCACGUAGGUUAUAAAACGUCGGUGUUGCAGUUGCUGUUGCAUGUUACAGCAACAAUCUCUAAACACUCCCCAGAUUCACAAAUUUAAGGUUUUAUUCAACUUCCUUGACAAUCAAAAAACAUUCUUUCUUUCAGUUUUGUAUUCUUCAUUUUGUACACUGUUUCAAUAAUCUCAUUUCUGCUUGUUUUCAAGAGAAUUGCUCUGAAAGGUUUCUUUCAUGCUACAAAACCCUACAGUUAAAUAUCUUUUACAUCUAGCACUAUUAUUAUUAGUUCCUUGUAGAUGUGAUUAUUUUAUCAUAUUCAUAUUUUAAACCUUGUGGACUGUAUUAGUACAAUAGUAAUAUAUUUGCACUAUUGGUUUGUAAAGAAUGUCAAUAGACUCUAAACUUGUUCAUAGCAUGAAUAUAGCAUGACAUCCCCUGUGUCCUCGUUAUCCUUGUAGUUUUAUUAGGUUCAUUCAUUUAUUUGGCAUAUUCCUGUCGCCAGGAAUCUUUAAAUUCUUAAAUGCGUUAGUAUAUUAGAUCCUUGCUUUCUUACAUUAAUGUAUAAAUUCCAGUUUUUCUGUUGUACUUUUCCUCUGUAAUGUACAGAUACUGUAUGUAUGCACAAUAAAAGCA